AUGACUUCCAAUUCACAGAGUGUCAAUGACUCUGAGAGUGAUUUCGAGUUCAUCGAAACUCCAAAAGCUUCCACACCAAUUGAGAAGUUCGAGCCAUGUGGUUACCCUGCUAUCAAGAAUGCUCCUUUGCCUGCAGAUGCUUCUGGCAAUGAUAGUUUCUCGAACAUUCUUCUCUUCUCCCUCAUCGGCGGUGUCCCUCUAUACUUCUCUUGGAAGGUUGGCGGUGGAUUCAAGACCACCAUCUUCUUCGCUCUCAUUACCACUAUUCCGAUUCUCCUCGCAUUCUGGACAGUGUUCUCCAGCUACUCCCCACGCAAGAAUGAGAAGGCCAAGUACCCAGGACGUCCAGUCGAGCAUUAUCUUACCUUCAAAAAUCAAGCCGAUAAGUUGAAAUACAGCGGAAAGAACAAGAUUCCUAUGGAGACAUUCCAUAACAUGUACUUUGAUGGAGAUGUUGACUUCAACGGCGACGCUCUCGAGGUUCUCGAAUACCGACAUGACUGGGCAAGCUUCAAAUUCACCAUCAGUCUUUUCAAAUAUGUCUUCUUCAACUUCGCACCAGAAGUUAUCAUGCAUACCCGCUCCCAGGACGAAGAACAAGUCCGUGACCACUAUGAUCGUGGUGAUGACUUCUACGGCUGGUUCCUCGGUCCACGAAUGAUCUACACCUCCGGUGUUAUCUCUGACAUUAACCGUGAAGAGACAUUGGAGGAAUUGCAGGAUAAUAAACUCGGCAUUGUCUGUGAAAAGAUUGGUCUUAAGCCCGGUGAAAAAUUAUUGGAUAUCGGUUGCGGAUGGGGAACCUUGGCCAAAUUUGCCAGUGUUAACUUUGGUGCAAAUGCUACAGGUAUCACUCUCGGUCGCAAUCAGACUGCUUGGGGUAACAACGGACUUCGCAAAUCUGGUAUUACUGAAGAGCAAAGUAGGAUUUUGUGCAUGGAUUACCGUGAUAUUCCAGUUCCCCAGGGAGGUUAUGACAAGAUUACGUGUCUCGAGAUGGCUGAACACGUUGGUAUCCGACAUUUGACAAGCUUCUUGAAGCAAUGUCACGAUAUGCUUGAGGACGAUGGAGUCAUGUUCCUUCAAGUUGCUGGUUUGAGAAAGACUUGGCAAUACGAAGAUCUCAUCUGGGGUCUUUUCAUGAACAAAUAUGUCUUCCCUGGUGCUGACGCUUCUACGCCUCUCAACAACUAUGUUAACUCUCUUGAGACCGCUGGAUUCGAGGUCAAGGGUGUCGAUACUAUUGGUGUCCACUACUCAGCGACAUUGUGGAGAUGGUACAGAAACUGGAUGGGGAAUAAGGAAAAGGUUGUUGCCAAAUAUGGCGAUAGAUGGUUCAGAAUCUGGGAGUACUUCCUCGCUUCAUCCACAAUCAUCUCCCGUCAAGGAUCAGCGACCUGUUACCAAAUUACCUUAGUGAAGAACCUCAACUCCGUUCACCGUAUUGAGGGAAUUGCCACGCAAUUCGGAUUGUCUGGUGCGCUCUCUGCCGCCAAAGCUAAUGUUCAGGCAUACCGAUCCAAGAAAUCCGCAGGUGAAGUCAGCGCAUAA